UCAGCACCUCGUCAGCUGACACUGAUCAAUGGCCACAAAACACAAACACAAUAGCGCGUGAGGGGGAAUAAUAUGAAACACAGCCGCAGUGACGCAAAAACGCCCAUUCUGUGACGUUGCGAGUCCCAACUAACUCCUCUUCAGGCAAGAACACCAGAAGUGUUGCAUUGAUCAAUGGUUCCUCUUGAGUGCGUGUUGCGGCUGUGAUGGUCCAGCAUGGACUUCUCGGGAGGGGGCGGACAGCACCUCGGUGGACAGCACCUCGGACAACACCUGGGCCAACACCUCGAUUAUGGGCAUGGCCUCAGCCAACAGCUCGGGCAGCUCAGCCUCGAUCAUUCCUCGCGGCCUCCGUUGUGCCCUUCUGCGGGAGCAAGGACGUCCUUCGGGGCCGAGGUCCUCCCCCGUGACACAGGGUGCGCCUCCGACGUCUCCUUUGGCAGGAGCUUUUCACCCGCGGCCUUCCAGUCUGCAACGUCUCAGUUGCAUGAGACUCACAGCCAGUUGCAGCAGCCCUAUUUGCAGCAAAGAGAGCAGGUGAGUUACAGCUCUUCUCCUCUGAGCUCGACCAACCCCAGUCUCCUAGGUGGGAGUCCAGUGGCAGCCCAGCACCAGUUGUCCCCUAGUAAUCUGGGCACAUUGGGGCUGCAGUCUCCCCGUCUUACUCCCAUCCAGUCCCAGACGUCCUCCCCCAUCAGGUCCUCACUGGGCACUGCACAGCUCAGUUCUUCCUCUAUGACAGCAGGCCUUCAGAAGGAUACCUUGGCACCAGACACACAUGGGUUUGGCCACAUGGGGGGCUCUCACUCACCGGUUCACUCACAGUUGGGGCGAGCGCAACUGGCAUCCAGUCUGCCCACAUCCUUACAGCCACGACCCUUCCAGCCACAGCAUACACCCCAGAACCGCUUGAGUGGAGCCCAGUUAGGGUCAAGCUGGGGAAGUGUUGACAGCCAGAGUGCAAGUUUUCAGGUUCCCCUCCAGCCUGGCUCAAAUGAUAAUAGUCAAGGCAGUGCACUCGGGUAUUCCAGUUUAGGUACAUAUAACACCCAGGUUGUGAAUGGCCAGAUGGCAACGGGAAUGCACCUACAACAGGACAUGCAGUAUCAGAACCAGCUGCAGUUUGACAGUAUGGGUUUCAUGUCAAUGCAAUCACAGCAAAUGCAGUAUGGUAAUUUCUCACAGAUGCAACAGACUUUUCCUCAAGAAACAAAUGGCUUCCAAUAUAAUGUUGACUAUAUUGACAGUACGGAUCCAAAUGCCUAUCAGGAUUAUUACUAUGACUAUCAGUAUAAUAGUUAUAAUGGGUCAAUGGACAGUCUGGAUCCAAAUUACUUAGGGACACCAGUGGGUCGAGCUCCAACCCCAUAUGGUGAUGAAACUGUAGAUGACCUUGGACCCGAGGAAGUGCGAUGGUUCUACAAGAUUGAAGCAGAUAAGAAGUGGACACCUUUUAUUGGUUAUGAUUCUCUUCGCAUUGAGUGGAAGUACAGGGACCUUAUGCAAGACACAAAUCCUGGGGGGUCAAAUGGCUCUCCUUAUGGAAAUACUGAGAAUGAGCAGCAAUCACCAAGGGAAACGCAGGAGAAAUCACAAGUUAUUGAGAGGAUAGUUGUUCGAGGAGGCUUGUAUGAGGUGGACGUGAAACAUAGGAGAUGUGAAAGUAUUUAUUGGAAAGGUGAAGUAUUCAUGAUCUGUCGUGGCACGUGGUUUUAUGAGGGUGCAUGGGGCCCUGUUGAAGAAAUGCUUGCAGACCGAUUAGAAAUGGAACAUUUAACACACUUCAGAGGGCAUCUAUUGACAUCUCAACGUGUAGAUGAUACAACGAAAGAAAUUGUACAUUCCUUAUCACUGCCUGAGGGUCAAGUAGACUGGUUUAGUGCCUCAGAGGUGUACCUCUCAUCUGAUGCGACGCCAUCCAGGUUAAUGAGAUCUGUUGGCAAGAAACUAGGCUUCCAAAAGACUGGCUACAAGCUGCACAGAGGCUACAGUAUAGAUGCCACAGCCAGCGAUAAACCUCCUGAUAUCAGCCAUAUUGUUUUUGUUAUCCAUGGUAUUGGGCAGAAGAUGGAGAUGGGCAGGAUUAUCAAGAACUGCACAGCUUUGCGAGAGAACAUCCAGCACCUGAAGCAAAAGUACUUCCCCUCUAUUGCCAAAAGCAACCAGACAGUUGAAUUCUUCCCUGUUGAGUGGCGUUCCUCCCUCGUCCUAGAUGCUGGGGUGAUUGAGUCCAUCACACCCCACAAGAUUCUCAACAUUCGGCAAAUGCUCAAUGCAUCGUUUAUGGAUAUCAUGUACUACAACAGUCCCCUCUAUAGGGAGGAAGUAAUCACUGGUUUGACAGGUGAGAUGAACCGCCUGUACACUAUGUUCACACAGCGCAACCCUUACUUUGAGGCCAAUGGAGGGAAGGUAUCCAUUGUGGCCCAUUCUCUAGGAUGUGUCAUCACCUAUGACAUUGUUAUUGGAUGGAACCCCGCUCAGCAGUUUGAUCAACAGCUUGUACAGUCUCUGAUGCACCUCAUAGAGAAGAAAGAAGGCCUGGCACCAGAAGAUCAAAACAAACUGAAGCAAGACCUGCAGGACUUGCUCACUAAGCAUGAGAGUAAGCCCUUACAGCCCUCCCUCAACUUCAAGAUUGAGAACUUCUUCUGCCUAGGGUCGCCCCUGGCUGUGUUCCUUGCCUUGCGCACAAAGCAGACAGAUGGUGAACCACCUGAUAUCAUCCCCCAGAAGCUGUGUAAACGGCUCCUCAACAUCUUCCAUCCUGCGGACCCUGUGGCCUAUAGAAUCGAGCCUCUCUUGUGCCAGCAAUACUCAAGCAUUGCACCAGUGGUAAUCCACUCAUACAAUGCUGCUGAGAAGAUUCCCUACGGUGACCUCCCCCUUGAACCAAUCAUCGUUUCUAAGGACAAGGACAAAGACCGAGAUGCUUGCGAUCGAAAUGACUCGGGGAAUAACACACCUGUCUCCUCUGUACCGAGCACACCUAGUAAAGGUGCAGCCAGUACAUGGAGCUGGUGGGGUCUUGUAAAAGGCUCGAAGAAGCCUGACUCAGCUAGCCAGGACACCAGCUUAGCCUUACAGGAUGUGAGAGGGCUGGCGGAUCGCAUUGACUUUGUGCUGCGGGAGGGGAGCAUGGAAAGCAGCUACAUCUCGGCCAUCACAUCACAUACCUCGUACUGGAGCAACUACGAUGUGUCUCACUUCUUGCUGAACAUCCUGUACCCUGACAUCCAGCCAACCUCCAGUAAGCCCGAGGUCAUCAAGCCUUAAAUGAAUCUCCUUACACUGAUCCCUCUGUCAGUCAGUUGCUCUAAUGCCUAGUGCAGUUUUGACUGUGAGAUGGAAGUUAGCCAGUUUUUGCACGACAGCGGGCAUGAGUUACAAAAGAUCGUAAUCAGUGGUGAUUUGCAUCUAGCCUAGGUAUGACGAGUUUUUAAUUUUUUUAAGUGUAUAUUUGUUGGUGUUAUUUUUUGUAAUGGGCAUUAGUCAGCGAUCUGUGCAGAUGAAUAACCAUGUGUAAGAAAUUGCCUUCCUGUGAAAUAAGCUAUGGUAAGUGAGGAUGGAGAUCUGCGCAGAUCGAAAACAGUGGUAAGACUGCGAUGUUUCCGCCAAAGGGAUGCCUCGCAGAGCCAGUGGGAGCAUGAGCUGAAGGUGCAUGGGGUGGGUGGCACUGGUGCCUACAGCAUGUGCAGCUGAAAGUCCUUAGCAUAUUGUACUGGAUAUCAGGGUCUUUUUUGCAAAGUUGUAUUUGGCAUCUUAGGCUGAUACUACAGAUGAUGAGUACAUUUUAAAUAGCUUUUACAAGCAGACAGAGUGAGAUGAGAUUAAUUUUUUUUUAUAUAUAUGUUAAAACUGUGAUACAGUCAACCCUCACCAUAGGCACAGAAAGGCAAGAUUGGUGAAAUAGGAUUUAGGUGAAGCUAGCACUUUUGCGACUGUGAUUUUGAUUUUAUUGCUAUUAAUCACUUCAUCAGGACAUCGAUAGAAGCACAACAGAGAUAGCUUAUUUGAUGAUAAGCAACUUCUAUGAAUAAUUCAGCUUUGAUCUGGUAUACAUGUAAAAAUAUUCAAUGUUGAGAGUUUAAUGUGUGUGUGUUAAGCCUUAAAAAGAUUUGACAUCAAGUAUGUUAUGUAGAAUUUUGGGACUUGAGAUAAUAUUAAAAUAUGAAGGAUACAGAUACAUGUAUGAAAAUACUUAACUGGUUCUUUCUGCUAUAUUUUGAUUUUUUAAAAAGUAGUUGAAGAAGAUGCAAACUUCUGUUAUAUGCAGACACUUUUUCUCUCAAUAUUUUCCAAAUCAUAUAGAAAAUCAUAAAUGUAUAUUGGAGGCCUGUUCUAUAAAUUGUAUUUAAAUUACAAAAAAACAAAGAACAGGACAUAUGUAACCCCCUAAAAAAGUCUAUUAUCAAAAAAAAGUGUUUUUGCUGAAAAAAGAGGCAAGACUGUCAAUCUAUUAUAAGGAGAAUAAAGCAAAGCUAUGGUGAUUACUGAUUUUGUAGUAUAGUAAGACACUAUAUUCUGAUGCUAUUGUGAGGGUUAUUGUAUUGUAUAUGGACUAGCCAGUGACAUGCCUGCAUUUCUAAGAGUUGUGUAUAUGUUGAAGUGUUAUUAUAUACUGUUUAAUGAUCUCAUGGUUUACUGUCUUACUUUAUGAUAGUAUCACAGAUAACAAAAACCUGUCUUCUUUUCUAUCUUUUUUUUUUUUAUCUUUUGAAGUUCCUUUGCUGAAUGUAUGAGGCAAAGCAUCAAAGUUUUUUGGUAAAGUAAGAGAGGAUACAUUUUAGCUUUUAGGACAUAACUGACAAAGCUGAAUGAACUCUUUCAUUCUUUCUCUUGCAGCUAAAUUUCAUCAAAUGGUAUGCUAAUGUAUGAUGAGGGAGAGACCGGCUCAGUGUAAUAGGGAAGUCUGUUUCGCUUUGAGUACUUAAGGGAGAAAGUCCCAUCAAGUGUUACAGUGACAGGGAGUCAUGAUCAUGACUAUGGGAUCAGUGAUACACUCUCUGCCAUUGCAAACUGAGAGAAGUGUUAACAUUAUGUGUUAAUGAUGGUAAACCCUUAAACUGAUAGUCUCUGGUCUGUCUGUUUGGUAGUGAAUUCCUUACAGUUCUGAUUUAAGUUGAAGAUAUAUGUGUGUGUGUGUGUGUGUGUGUGUGUGUGUGUGUGUGUGUGUGUGUGUGUGUGUGUGUGUGUGUGUGUGUGUGUGUGUAUGUAUGUGUUUGUUUGUUUGUUUGUGUUUUGUGUGUAAGUUUGUGUGUGUGUGUGUGACAUGGAUAUGAGUGCUUGAGUGUAUACACAUGUAUGUCCAUGAGUUUCAUGUGUUUGUACACAUGGCUAAAAAAGUUGAUGUGCAAAACUUACUGACUUUUCAGGAAAAAAAGUUUUUGGUAGAAUAGAAUAAGGAAUAGACAAUAAUACUGUGUUACUGAAUUAGAUUUAUCAAAGAAAUACAAAAUAUCAGUAAUUUUAAAAUGGUUUCUUUUGAUUUAUUACUAUAUAACAAAAUAGUUAAGGGAAUGAAAACUUACUCUUUCAACAGAUGCAUAUGAUUGCUCCAUGACACUUAAUAGUUCAUUCCUGACAAAAAAUCCUAUAUUAUUCAGAUAAUUUGAUACUUAAUAUCUUUAUACACAAGUUAGACAGAAUAAGUAUUGUAGUUUUAAUUUUAUUGAUAGUGCACAAUAAAAUAGAAUGCUUAUUAGAUCUCAAACCAAUAUGAAAUAUGCAAUACUUGACCUCUGUUAAGUAAUUAACUAUCUUCCAUAGCAAUAAUGUUUCAUAAUAUUCCAUACAUACUCAUCAAAAAUCAGUAGAGUGGUCAGUUAGUCAAUUCAGAUUGAUAGUUUUAUCAAAUAUUUAUGAUGAGUAGCUUAAGCAUUAAUUUUCAUAAGCUACUUCCCUUCAUAAAGUGUUUAGAAAAAUAUGCAGUGAAGUAAGGUUGCAAGGUACUACUUUUCUGAGUGAAAGUUAUUGUAUUUUACACAUUCACUUUUUUUAUAACUGUACAUACAUAUGUGUGUGCAUGUGUUUUUGUGUUGUAUUUGUG